ACUCUCUCUCUCUCUCUCUCUCUCUCCCUCUCUCCCUCUCUCCCUCUCUCCCUAUUUCUGAUCCUCCAAAAAUCUCGUCAAAAUAUGGGAGAGGAGAAACCAAAGCCAAUCGGCGGCGUAUGGCCGACGGUCAAACCGUUCGUCAACGGCGGAGCUUCCGGUAUGCUUGCUACCUGUGUCAUCCAACCUAUCGAUAUGAUCAAGGUGAGGAUCCAAUUGGGACAAGGAUCUGCAGGCGAGGUCACAAAAACUAUGCUGAAGAACGAGGGGAUCGGUGCUUUUUAUAAGGGUCUCUCUGCUGGAUUGCUUAGACAAGCUACCUAUACAACUGCCAGACUUGGUACAUUUAGGAUUCUGACCAACAAGGCACUUGAGGCCAACGACGGAAAGCCCCUGCCUUUAUAUCAAAAAGCUUUAUGCGGUCUGACAGCUGGAGCAAUCGGAGCCUGUGUAGGAAGCCCUGCUGAUCUGGCACUGAUCCGUAUGCAGGCUGAUGCAACUUUACCUGCUGCCCAACGUCGUAACUACACAAAUGCAUUUCAUGCUUUGUAUAGGAUUACUGCAGAUGAAGGUGUUCUGGCUCUCUGGAAAGGUGCGGGCCCCACAGUUGUACGGGCUAUGGCUUUGAACAUGGGAAUGCUUGCUUCUUAUGAUCAAAGUGUCGAGUUCUUUAAGGAUAGUCUUGGUUUUGGUGAGGGCGCUACAAUUUUAGGGGCCAGUUCUGUAUCAGGAUUCUUUGCUGCUGCAUGCAGUUUGCCGUUUGAUUAUGUGAAAACUCAAAUACAAAAAAUGCAGCCUGAUGCUGCGGGAAAAUAUCCGUACACAGGAUCUAUGGAUUGUGCCAUGAAAACCCUCAAGGCUGGUGGGCCCUUCAAGUUCUAUACAGGAUUUCCAGUAUAUUGUGUUAGGAUCGCGCCACACGUCAUGAUGACAUGGAUCUUCCUCAACCAAAUUCAGAAGCUGGAGAAGAAAGCUGGAUUGUAAUUUUUUCAUGCAGGAACACUAAGAUGUUAAGCGAAUAAUAUACCGGAUUUUGGUUACUUGCACAAGUGUAACUGUGCAAGUCUUAUGAGUUGUUAUACCAUUUCGAAACGGGACUGUAGAAUUGUUGUAAUAUCAUUUGGACUACAUACAGUAUUUUAGGAUAGGAUUGAUUCAUCUUUGAGUAAAUGAGAACCAUGUGGAGUUUUUAUUAUGUU